UUGAACUUAUGUUUGAAAUUUUCUAGUCCAAUAAUUUAAGAUAGAAGAAGAGAAUAAGGUUAAGAAAAAUGAAACUAUCAACGCCAAGAUACACAUUUUGUUUGAUCAGUCAAUUGACGUUUAUGUUUUGUGAUCUUAUAUUUAAUUGCGUGAGUUUAUUUCCAAAGAGUCGCGAUGGCCUACUUGUUUUGUUUAUAUUUCAGGAUUUAUUUCUCGUACUCUCCGUUACUACAAUGCUUAUGACAUUUUUCACGACAUAUUUAUUUCAAGCUGGUUUGGUAGAAGUGCUAAUACGCAAGUUUCGCGCAGCAGGCUCUGUUAUCAUGGCGUAUGUAGCAGCUAGCGUAAUUCUACACGCAGUUUGGCUUUUGGAAAAAUGGAAUGAUCCAGAGUCCGUCUCCACACCGAUGCUCAUAGUUCUAUUCACGUUACAGAGAUGCCUGUCACCAUGGUAUUACUUUUUCUACAAACGAGCAGCCCUGAGAGUCAGUGAUCCACGUUUUUAUGAAGAUAUAGAUUGGAUCAAUCAACAGUUACAAUCUCAUUAGAAUAAUGCUUACUAUAUUUAAGUGUAUCCUUAGGGCCCAUUUUCAUACUUAGUCUGACCAGUUCAAAGAACCAUAUUAAAUUUUCUUUAUGAAAACUGUCAUUAAAUCAUCUAAGUUAACUAGCGAUUAAUAAACUGGGCCAGAAUUAAAUAAAAAUCACAAUUGAUAGUGAAGUUAGAUGAUUUUAAAAAACGAUAUAAUUUAAAAAUUAAACUGACUGUAUAUUUGUGAAAUAAAGAAUAAUUAAACAGGUAUCACUUGCCUUAAACAGGUGUAGUCAUUAAAUAAGACUUAUUUAAUCUUGUCAAAUGUCUCUAGUCACGAGUCCACUUAAGAUUUUACCCUAGAAUCUUAGAAUUGUUUGUAAAUAUGUUGACUUUAAUCACAACUGAUUUCUAAGAACAUUCACUGUAUCUGCAAUGUUUUCGUAGUUUUUAAGUUAGUCAAUUUUAUUAUUUGUAAUAAAUUUAAAAUAGUUUAAAACUAAUAAAGGAAUUGUCUUUUGACAAAAGGUUCUUUUUCACAGUCCCUCAUUG